UUGAUAAAAGCGAAGUAACUCGGCAAAACAACAUGGCUGCAAAAAUGUAGAAUGGAAUAACUUUUUGACGUAUUCGAUGUGAAUUUAGAAUGAAAAGAAUUUAUUUAUUAUUUGAAUGAAGUGAAAUCUAGAAAACAAGAUGCCGACCGUUGGAAACUACGACAGGAGUAGCAGUGGGCCCCUCGCUGUGGCUGUAAAGAGAGAUAUGGGGCUGCUAGUCGACACCAUGGAAAUUGUAGAACCUGUCAAAAAAAGUCAAUAUGUUCCAAACCAUAUUUUAGAAACAAAAACAUUUGCGAAAGUGGGUAAAAAUUCCAUGAUCCAUGCUCGGCCAUCUACAAUCCAUUUUGAUGGCUUUAACACGUUUACAAGACAGAGUCAAACUUUAUCUUUAGUCAAUGCAUCAACAGAGGUGAUUUGUCUACACAUAAUACCUCCACAGACCAAACAUUUCUCAAUUAAAUAUAUUAAAAAUAAAAGAAUGGUACCUGGUUUAACAUUAGAUUGUGUUAUAGAGUUUGAAGGAGAUGAAUGGAGAUAUUAUUAUGACUGUGUAAGAAUUAACUGUCAGGGUGAAGAAAAUUUAAUGAUACCCCUUCAUGCUUACCCUGUUCUAAAUUUAAAAGAAUUUCCACAGAAUUUUGUAUUUCCCCCUGUUGCGGUUGGAGAGACAAUGUCGCAGACGUUUCCAUUAAAAUGUGAAGUACCGGUAGAUUUUGAGUAUCAACUGGAAUAUAUCCGACCACAUCCAUUUUUUACUGUUAAACCAAUGUCAGGUUGUAUUCCAGCCAAUGGUACAACAGAUAUUGUUAUCACGUUUUCUCCGUGUGAGUUUUUAACGGCACAGAUGACCUUACAGCUGAUUACAUCACAGUUUAACUCUAAACCAAUCAUCUGUCAGUUUACAGGAACAUCAGCACCUGGUUUGCUCAAGGAAAGAAGUAAAACUCAGUAUUUAUCACGAAAGAAAACAGAUGUAUUAGAUCCACGAUGUCUGUCCCCGUUAGAUCGGGCUAGAUCUAAUAGACGAGCUUCUAAAUUUAAAACAACAAUAACACCACAACAACCACAGGAGAUAGUUAAAGAUGGUAUAAAAUUCCCUGUUAUUAUAAAUACACCACAUGCUGUAGCUCAAGUAUUAAACCAACAACCAGGAAGAUUAAAAGCUAAAGAUGUCAGGGACACGAUGUUAUCACAGAAAGAUAAUAAUAAACCAUCAAGUCGUCAGAUGAAGGAGGCGUUAUUUGAACAAACGGUCAGGAAGAAUGUUUACGAAGAAAGACAGAAUCAGCUACGAUGGCAGGUUAAACUCGGUGAUAGCCAGUUACACCAAUCAAACCGUGUUAAAAUAUUAGAAGAACGAGAUAAUGCCUGGAAUUAUUAUAUGUUUACCAGAAGAGAAGAUCCAAUACCAGAAAAUGAAUAUGAAAGGUUAAAAACUUGCGUUAAAUUUAGACGAACAAUGAGAAGAAACGACCAGUUAGCAUAUAAAGAGGCUACGUUUGAUCUGUAUAAUAAUGACAUGUGGGCAGUACGACACGUGGCGUUAGAAAAAUUUAUUCAAGCAGCAAGAAAAGUUAUUAUUAGAAACCGUGGAGAAGUGAAAUUAAAAUCUUUACGUAAAGUAGUCAUCGAUUGGAGCAAGAAAAAAUAUACCAUGGAACAUCUCACACAUGAUCAACAAGAUAAAAUAGAUGAUGAGGAAGAAAAGGAAGAUAUACCCGUACAGUAUGAUAUUUCAUCUAAUAAAAUCAAACAUGUUACAUUUCCUACAUUUAUACCACCAGAUGGUAAAGAUGAUAUGGCACCAGAUGCUGUAGGGGUUGUACCGUUUAUGCCAACCGAUGUUAUUGUGAAGAGAAAAGUUCCCUUCUUUAAUCUCAAGGUUGCACAGUGUUACCAGCUAAAUGGUUAUAAGCCUCACGAUAUACAGGCUUCAUCUAGUGGUUUUAUACCAUCAAAACUUGUACGUCCACUUCGUUCUGGGGCGGAGGAUGAGAUGAUUAAUCUGCCAGUUCCCGAUGUACAGAUCACAGAUAUGGAAGUUCAAGUUGAAAAUCACGUUGAAAAUCAGGAAUUACCAGAAACAGAAACAGAGGAACGGGAGACCACUGUGGAGGAAUUAACAGGCAUGGCUCCACCAAAAGCUUUAUUCAAUCCUGUCGAAUAUCCACCAUUACAUAUCUUUAAUCCAGCUCCAGGUCUACAAGUAUUCCAUGCUCCCGCCCCAUAUUCAGAAACAUCCUCCGAUUUUCAUCUUUGUCCAUUACCCCGAUAUAUCUGUAAAGAUGCGAUGAAGAGUCCCCAUACUUCAACACAGAGAAAAUAUCUUGAUAGAGAGGAUAUUAUACGAGGAACAAUGACUUGGAAGAAAUUUCCAUCACAAGGUUUAACAUCAUUAUCUAAUACUCCAACAUUAACUGGUGUAUGGAUACCUAGAUGGGAUGAUAGUUUUGGUCCUGAUAUAUUACCACACGAUGUGCCGCCAUUAUUAGAUUCUCUACCUGAUGAUGAUAAUGAACAAAUAGCAGCCGAAGAGGAGAAUGUGGAGAACAGUGAAUUGAGAUUAGGUGACGUUUAUUUAACACCGGAAAUGGUUGCGGCCCUAUUUCCACCAUUAGAUGAUACGUCGUCAUCACACGAAGAUAUGAAAAUAACCAGUGAGAUGUUUCCUGUUGGUAAUAAAAUGCCAUCUACCAAUAUUCCUGUUGGCCCAACUGGUCCAGUUCCCAGAGAGAAGAGAGAAUUAGAGUUGGAGUAUUAUAUCACUAAGAAGUAUAAUCGUCUAGGAAGUAAAAUACAGGCUAAAAUAAACCACAUGAAUGUCAUGUUGACAGAUCCUAAUCUUGUUCUCAAAUAAAUACAUAGGCCUAAUGUUAUCCUAAAUAAAUACAGAAGCCUUUAUAUUGACUUUAAAUAAAUACAUAGGCCUUAGUGUCAUCAUUAAAUGGAUAUAUAGACCUGAACCUUGUCCUUAAGAAAAUACAAAGGCCCUAAUCUGAUCCUUAUAUACGUCCAUAGGCCCUUACCACAUCCUUAAAUUGGUACUUGGUCCUAAUCUUAUUAUUAAAUAAAUAUAUGGGCCCCAAUGUCAUCCCUAAAUAUAUACAGACCAUAAUCUUUUCCUUAGAUGAUAAAUAGGCCGUAAUGUCAUCCUUAAAAAAUAAAUAGACCCUUAUAUUAUCCUUAAAAUGAUAUAUAGGUCCUAAUCUGACCCUUACAUAAAUUCAUAGGCCUUAACCUAAUGCUUAAAUAAUGCAUAGGCCUUUACCUGAUGCUUAAAUAAUACAUAGGCCCUAUCUCCUAUAAAUGCGUAGAACCAAGAACCCUUGUACCUAGCCGUACCUGUAUCUAUUAUAGUUCAUUUGGGUUUAGUUUUGUCGGUCAACCCUCUAAAACUUCCAUGUACCAGCAUUCUGUAAGAGCAUUACGUGUUUAAUAUGUGUGGAUUUAAACUAGGCUUAUAAAUUGUUUUUUUCUUACCAAAUAUUUUUAUCAUGGACUGACAGCUAGGCCCAGUCUGAUUAUAAUACAGAUCUAUAUUUCGUUUCGUUUUUUUAUACUUUUGGUGACCUACACUACAUGAAGAUCUGACAUGUUGUACUGAAAGGUCGUGUCAGGUGUUAUACGAGGAGCGGCUUUUGACCCUAUGGCGUCAGACAUUGAUUAAUCAAUCAGCGUUGAGGUUUCUAGUCCUUUACCAACAGUUCCGUUAAUCGCACGCCAAGAUCUCGCCGUAACAGACUGUUUCAUUGGCUUAUCCCUCACAUCAUCCAGAAGGCCGGUAAUAUAACAGCUCUACCAGAUCCCAAUGUAGUAAAGAUAAUUAAAUCGAAAUUUUGAACUAUAAAAAACGAAACGAAAUAGGAUCUGUGUUUUAAUCAAAUUGAUAUAAGAACCACUGAAGAAACAGGCUACAUUAAUAUAACUUACUUGUGAUCAGAUAAAGUAUGAAGUGUUAUGGAGCCUUUAUUUAUCAUUUUACUUCUGUAUAUGAUAUUCGUUAUUGUAUUCACGCUAAAGAGUAGUCGACUGGAGGCCCUCUAUAGCUCUGUUUAUAAUCGGACCCUAGCUGCGUUCAGGAAGAAAAGUAGAAUACCCGGAUGUAGAAUGAGUUAUCUGUUCCUGAUGUAUGGAUAAUGUUUUUAACUCAAUAUGUUUAUAAUGAAUAUAUAUAUAUAGCCCUAUAUUGUGAGUUGUAUUUAUGGGUUGUGUCGGACUGAAUCUGUGAUAGAAUUAUAAUGUUCAAUUAUUCAUAGAUAAUUUCACACAUAUUCAAUAUCUUGUUGGUCUAUUUCUUUAUCAGUAUCUGAUUGGCUUAAUCCACUGUUGCCCUUGACAACGAAUCUCGUCAGGUAAUUAAUUGCCUAGCUAAUUCAUUAUCUGAUCUUGGAGAAAUCUGAUUGGGCGAAAACUAUUGUCGCCUUUGCCAACGAAUCUCUUCGUUGGCUAAAGUAGUGGUCAGGGGUCAGUUAGACACUGACUUGGUCGCGUGACACAUGAUAUUAAAUAAAUUGUGAUCCUACCAUAAUUUGCGAUGUGAACUUUGACCUGUUUUAUGUGUGUAUUGUAUAAACCUUGUAAUAUUUUGUAUAUAAGUCAAUAUUUAUAUCGUGUGUCCUAUACCUGCU